CACCCAAAUAUCCAUUAUCUAACCUAACCUGUUCAAUUGUCAACAAUCAACAGUUGUCAACAGUGUAAACAACUUCGUCGCUGGUACAAAGUCACAGAAAAUUUCAUAAAUUGAAAGAAAAUCGGGAAAAAUGGAAGAAAUCGAGCAGUUGAAACACUUGUUGAAGAAUUGGCUUGAUGAGAAUAAUGAAGAUAUUGAAGAAAACGAAGUCCUGGAUGAAAACGACGAAGAAUAUAAGGAUUAUUUUUACGCCAACACAUGUCACGUUUGUUAUUCUUUGGACCGAGGAAAACGUUUAAAACGAUGUGGUGGUUGUUACAUGAUUUCGUACUGUGGAAACUCUCAUCAAGCGAAACAUUGGCCAGUGCAUAAGAAACUUUGUAAAGUUGUCAAAGAUAUUAUCGCCAAUUCAGGUGGACCCAGCAUUUUUGGAAAAACCAAAGGCAUGAACCAAAAACUUUGGACAAAAACGAAGGUGAACGCAAUGCUGAUAGUCUCAUUAAAACUAGGUCGAGAUCUCUGUCCCAGUGAGAAGAAUAUGUUCAAAUUCCCACGAGCUUGUUCAAUCUGCCACGAGAGUGACCACAACGCCCUGACAAACUGCAACUUCUGCGGAAACUCGAGCUUCUGCAAAGAUCAUGCCUCCGAUUCAAAGCACAAAUCCCUCUGUCCCUCAUUUUUCGCCUGCUACAGCCUUGACAUUUUAAAAAGGUUCACCAACUGCAUGACAGUCUCCGAAACCGUUUCCGUCCUCCUCGAAUCCGAAGCCAUAAACUUCAUUCCCUCCAGCGAUCAAGUCGUCAAAUCUCCCUCAUCCAUGAGAGCAUUUCUCGACACCUAUUUCAAAAAAGUCGUCGAUAUCCGUCGAAAUAAAUCCCGUCCCGAAUACUGGGAUAUGUUCAUCUCCGAAUAUUUUUCAAGGCCUCUAACUUUACUUUCCGCGAUGGAAAAAAUUAAAUUUACACCCUCGACCGAUUUAGUAGUUCACGUUCUUGGCGCAAAUUAUCUCGAACUCUCGGAUGUUUCGUCCUGGGAAUUAAUUUUGCACUGGAUCCCCAAAGUCGAGAGAUUGAAAAUUGUUUUAAUUGGUCCAGAACUUCCUAAAGAGAUAUCAAAACCCGAAAUGUGUGCUUGUUGCAGCUCGAGGAAGAAAAGUGUCACCGUGGAAGUUCACGAAGACUUGUAUCAUCAUUAUAUCGCGAAAGGCUAUUCGAAACCGCAUCUUGUUAUCGGCUAUAAUGUUGGAAUUGCCGAAUUUGAAAAUCCUGGAACGCCCGAAGAUUCCUGGAAAGCGACGAUUCUUAGUUUGUCGGUGAAUCAGUCGCCUUUUAUUUUGACGGCUUAUACCGAGGAAGAGGCGAGAAAGGACGACAAGAGAAUUUGUCUUAUUUCGGGAGACACGACCAAGUAUUCUUUCUUUGAGAAGAACUCGUUCGCCAGUUUGAAACCACUCAGAGAUUUUGAGACAGAGGGGAUAUUCGUCGAGAAUAAUUAUAUUAUUAUAUAUGAAAAUUUGCAGAACUCAAAAAUGAAACACAAAAAUGAAAAAAAUUCGACUCUAGUUUCUAGGAAAGAAAAUAAUGCGGAACCAACUCUAGAGAUGAAUGAAAUAACAUUGGAACAGUUAAAAGAGGAGAAUGAACGUCUCAUGGGAAGAAUAAAACGGCUACAAGUGACAAUUGAAGAAGAGAAACUAGGAAUUAAAAUUGCGCCGGAAAGAACAAAUUUGAGUAGGGAAGUGGCGAAUAUUGAAGAGAGUAUGGAGCGCGAAAUUCGGGAAUUAAGGGACGAUAUUAUGAAAUUCAAUGUAGAUCAGUAGGUUUUCUUUUCAUGUAUUUUUGUUUUUAUGUAUUUUUGUUUAAAGAACUUUUGUUAUCUCGUGUCAAAAAUAUUCCUGUGUAUUUAACACUUUUAUAAAAAAAAUCGAAUGAAAUUAUUACGAAAUUAAUAAUAUUAAUUAUUAAAAGUUGGGAUUUUCUCAAGUAUUCAAUUAAAUUAUGAUGUGAUUCUUACCUCGAAUUCGUAAGGGCGAAAAUUCGUUUCUUGUAUCGAUGUAAAUAACUUUUCCGUUCAAGUGUCCAUAACUUUUACUUAAUUGUGCAGCAAUACAAAGCUGAAAACUUAAAUAUAAUUACAAAUUAGUAUUUAAUAGAAAAUAGAAAAACUAAAUAAAACUCUACUUUUAAUACUUUUUACUUAAAAAA